CCUCACCAAUAGUGGAGUUGGUGGACAUGCCACCUUCUCUCCAGGGUACGUCCCGGCAGUGUUACAGCUCUUUUAGAAUUUGUCUAGUAGGUUUUCUGGUUUUUACCGGAAAACCCCCACCAUACAGCUUGUUUUCAACGACAGAAAGGCUUUGAAUGAGGUGUGAGGAAUUUUAGGCUGUGGGCUGGUUUACUUUUUCUCACGACAAACUCGUUAUCGGCCGUUAAAAGUGGGGAAAUGGAGGCUGCAUCAGGAGGUUUCCGGCUUCAGCUGAUGCAAUUUCCCUGCCGCCCCACCCGCUGGGAGAGCCGCUCUAGGAGACUGCUAGUUUCUUCUGGGCGUUUCCCUGGCGCCGUUGCACGUGCAUCUUUUGUCCUAUGGCGUCCGCCUCGGCUCAAGCUGCAGCGUUGAGCGCCGAGCAGGCCAAGGUGGUCCUGGCCGAGGUGAUCCAGGCGUUUUCGGCCCCGGAGAACGCCGUGCGCAUGGACGAGGCUCGGGACAACGCGUGUAACGACAUGGGCAAGAUGUUGCAAUUCGUGCUGCCCGUGGCCACGCAGAUUCAGCAGGAGGUUAUCAAAGCUUAUGGCUUCAGCUGCGACGGGGAAGGUGUCCUUAAAUUUGCCCGCUUGGUCAAGUCUUACGAAGCCCAGGAUCCCGAGAUUGCCAGCCUGUCGGGCAAGCUGAAGGCGCUGUUCCUGCCGCCCAUGACCCUGCCGCCCCACGGGCCUGCUUCGGGUGGCAGUGUGGCCGCCUCCUGAGGGUUGGCCCUCCCGUGGCACUGCUGGCGCAGGGAAGACCCUUGUGUUCCGGAGGAUAUAAAUGUGCCUAUGACUUCGC